AUGAAAUCUAUAUCAUAAUAGACAAGGUCAUUGAUACAGAAACAAUAGGAGUUUGGAUUAAUAGAUUCCAGGAUUUCCUAAUUAAAAUAAUAAUUAUAAUUGCAAGAAUCAAAUAAUCACAUCAUCGAAUUCAAAGUUAAUAAAAUCUUGGAAACCAAAUAAAACACAUCCAAAGAUUAAUCUGAUUAUAGUAGAAGAUUAGAGAAUCUGAAUUAUGAAUAACAAAACAGAAACAGUAAAAUUAAGUUAUUGAAACAUCUUAAUGAGGAAGAUUCAUUUAGAAGAAAAAGAGACUUGGAUGAGGAGAAACGACUUGAAUAAGAAGUAAUGAAGGAACGAUCAAUGCUCUAUUAAUUGCAAUAUAAACAUAGUUAGAAUGAAGAACUUUAACUUAAAUAGUAGCAGUUUUAAAAGAUUUAAGAAUAGAAGUUCAGAAUGAAAUAAAAAUUAGAUUUGAAAAGAAUUGAAAAAAUCGAAAAUGUUAGAAACUGCCAAAUAAAGAAGAAGGCGGAACUUUCAGUUAAAUUCGACUUAUAAUAAUAAGAGUACUAAUUAAAAAUACAAGAAGAAUAAUAGUUAUUAAAAAAAGUGUCAUUCUCUUAAUUAAAAUUCUAAGCUCUUAAAGAUGACCUUGAUUUAGCAUAGAAGAUAUCCAUAAGAGAUUACGCAAAUUCGGCAACAAAUCAGGGUUUUAUCAAACAACCAUUUGAUUAAACUAAGAUCAAAAAAGCCAUUCUGACUAGUCCUUAUGCUUAGAUACCAUCCAUUCUAAAUCAAAAGGAUUUAGAUAAGUUAAACCUACUAUCAAAAUUAUUGAAACCUUCUUUCAAAGAUCAAUAAUAAACGACUGAAAGGUUAAACCAGAAAACCAACUAAACUCAUUUCCAUACCUAAAUAUCAGACAGAACUCAUACCAAAGGGAAUUCAUCUAAAUUCGAUACUGAAACUAGUUAAACUCUAAAAAAUAAAUUUCAAUCUGUUUAAGAUCAAAAUGCUAAGUUAGAUACUCAAGGUAAAGGCUCACUUAAUUGUAAUGAUAAUUUGGAUUCGUAAAAACUCUUGAAAUCUGAGAGUAAACUUCCUCUUUAAGAGAAUCAUAAUGAAGAAGAAGAAAAUAAAGAAAAUCAAUAAAAAGAUAAUUAUGAAUAAGAAGCUUCUUAUGAAGAUAAUUACGAGGACGAUAAUUAACCCUCUUAACAAGAUCAGGAUGAAUAACAUGAUUAGGAUUAAGAAUAAUAAAAUUAGGAAUAAUAAAAUGAAGAAGAAUUUAAUGAUGAAGAGCAGUAUCCAGCAGAUAAUGAUGAAGAAUAAUGA